AUGAUCACUGCGCUUGCAUAUGCAGUCACCGGGCUGGUUCUGCUCGCGUACACGGUAGACUUCCUGCUCAGCAUUGGCGAUGACCCUCAUGAACCGCGUCGGAUACGGCCCAAGGUGCCCUUGAUCGGACAUAUCCUGGGUCUGAUGCAGCAUGGGCCGACAUAUUACAAUAUGAUGAGUGAUGCGACAGGCGAGGAGAUCUACCUACUGCCUAUGCUUCAUUUCAAGAUUUAUAUCAGUGCAUCACCUCGUCUCUUACCGCAUAUUCAAAAGCAUUCCAAAGCACUAUCUUUUCGACCAUUUCUGCAAAUCGUGGCCCGAAAACAUGGCGAUGCUUCUAAAGAGGCAUAUGAUAUCUUCGGUGGCACCGUCACAGAUGACUUGAGCCACUCGGUGAAAAUGAAUCUGAAUCCGGGAGAGUCGCUGGAUGAUUUGAAUCUGAGAAUGGGUAAACGGGCAUUGCUCGAGGUGAAUGCUCUGAGUGAAAAGAUAGGACAGCAAAUCUACUUACUAGAAUGGGCUCGACAUGCAGUUAUCCAAGCUACGAGCUGCGCUGUCUACGGCGACAAACACCCAUUCCUAGAUCCUGAUGUUGAAACUGCAUUCUGGAAAUGGCAGACGUAUCUCACUGCCCAUCUGGCAGGAUGGCUGGAUCCCUUUGGCACAGGCUACGCAGCCCGAGAUAAGGUCUUCAACGCAUAUAUCCAAUACUUCGAGCAGAUCUCCAAAGACGGGUCACAACUUGCUCGAGACCACCAACAAGUCCUCCGUGAAGCCGGUAUUCCAGACAUCGACAACGCCAAACAAGCCGCCAUCUUCACCAUUGCCUCCUUCAGCAACUCCGCGCCAACCCUAUACUGGACGCUAUGGGAGCUGUUUUCCCGUCCGACCAUCCUGACCCAAGUCCGCGACGAACUAGAAACUCACGCCAUCACCGGCUCACUCGAAACCGGCUUCACCCUCGACGUCGCAGCCGUCAAAUCCAAAUGUCCCCUCCUCGUCUCCAUGUUCCAAGAAACCCAACGAUCGCGCCACGUCAACCCCAGCUUCCGCAAAGUCCUCUCCGACACAUGGCUCGACGGCAAAUACCUCCUCAAAGCAGGCAACUACCUCCAAAUGCCCGGCUACCCGAUCCACACGAACCCGCACGUCUGGGGACAAGCAACAGAAUUCGAUCCCUACCGCUUCGUGCCCAAGACAGGGAGUCAUGAGAAGGAGGUCUCGACGAGCGGGUUUGUGGCGUGGGGUGCUGCCCCGUAUCUGUGUCCGGCGAGACAGUUUGCCGCGACGGAGAUUCUGGUCGUGGCGGCAUUGAUGGCGAUCCGGUACGAGAUGAGGCCGGUGGGUGGGGUGUGGGAGAAGUCGCCGGCGUUGAACUUUGAGGAUUUGUCAACAUUGUCGAAUCCGAAGAAGGAUGUUAAGAUGGAUGUCAGUGUGAGGGGGGAGUGGGCUGGGGAAUGGAGGUUGAAGAUGGGGGAGAGUAAAAGUCGGAUUUCGCUUGCUUCGGGGUGA